AUGCCGCUGGGUCUUCAUGUGCUUUAUUCGCACGUUCUCAGCGGGACGCUUUUGGAUCAGAAUAGUGAUGGUGUCGAUAUCGUCGCAGUCCACGGCUUGGGCGAGAACUCAACAGAGGCUUGGACACACCAUGAAACGGGUACUUUAUGGCUCAGAGACCUUCUGCCACGACGUAUCCAUAACGCACGAGUGCUCACCUUUGAUUAUGAUUCUAGCCCUUCUUUCUUCACUGGACCAGACUUCAUGGACAAAGUUCAGAGCCAUGCGACUACCCUAGUGGCAGACUUGGAGGGCGAGAGGAACUUGGGAAAUGCUUCUAGGAGACCUUUAAUUUUUGUCUGCCACGGACUCGGGGGCAUCAUCGUCAAAAGUGCGCUCGUUCAUUCAGCAAGCCGGACAUCUCAUUUUACUUCACACCUCAAUGCUAUAUAUGUUUCGACCUUCGCGAUCCUGUUCUUUGGAACGCCACAUGAUCACAUCGACGUUGGAAAAUGGCUUACUCUGUUUACAUCGACCACGACAGCUCAUCAGCCAAAGAGAGAACUUAGUAUACCAAACGACAGUACUGCUCAUCCCAUUACCGUGCAUACCUUGGAGGUUGUCACGAACCAAUUUGCUCCACUCAUGAAGAAGGUCCAUAUGUACCUUUUUUGGGAAGGGGUAAGAACACAGCUCGUGAACGGCGCAGAUUUUAUGGUGGACCCAUCGUCUGCUGCUCCUCAUAUGUUUGACGCAGAGAGAUGUGGAAUUCUGGAUUCCAACCAUUCAGAGAUGACCAAAUUCUGCCAAUCCGACUCUGCAUAUCGGACAGUCAUAUCGGCGCUUUUGAAAUAUUGCCACUCGGCGCCAGCAAUUGUUGCAUACCGAUGGAAAGAAGCAAUGGAACAUUUGAUGCGCAUGCGAAGGAGCGAAGCUUCAGAAUUAACUGGUCUGUUGCUUGAAAUCCCGGACAAAAUCCCAUUUUCCACGGAAAGCAAGAAUGACGCCGUUGAUGUCGCUUCGGAAAAUGAACAUUUCAACCCCCCAUGCACUGUUUCCAUGGAUUUUAUAGGCCAAGAGCACAUUAUGGAAGCACUCCAGAAAGCUUUCAAUCCAGAAGAACAGACAUUGUUGUCGAUCAAACAGCAAAAACGAUUUGUCGUCUAUGGGAUUGGUGGUUCUGGAAAGACACAGAUAUCUGCCAAAUAUGCUCAGAACAACCGUCAAUGCUAUUGGGCAAUUUUUACCAUCGACGCAUCUUCCCCCCAAACUGCAAAGCAAUCAUUCUGCAAGAUCGGACGAAUAGGUGGUCUCGAAGCCACCGAGGAUGCUGGCAAACACUUUCUCUCACAAACCCGGAAGACCUGGCUGCUCAUCAUCGACAACGCAGACAAGCCUGAUCUAAACUUUGAAAGCCUUAUAAUACCUGGUGAAAGAGGCCAUAUCCUUGUAACCACACGAAAUCCCAGCCUUCGAAGGAAAGGCAACGUCGGGAAUGUGGAGGUCAAAGGACUUAGAGAAAGAGAAGCUUUCCAGCUUCUGAUGAAAGUUGCAGAUAUUCGCCAGCCCUGGGAUUUGCCUACAGAAACAUCAGGAAAUGAGAUUACCAAGGCUCUAGGCUAUCUAGCCCUCGCAGUCAUUCAAGCGGGCAACUCGAUCUACAACAAAAUCUGCAACCUGAAAGAAUAUCUUACGUUCUACCGACGCUUUCUAGCACACCGGCAGAGAAGAAAGACCUGGCAAAAUAGUGGAGAGUCCGUCGAGCGUAAUGCCGAGAAUGAUGAUAUCUACUCCACAUUUGAUUUUUCUUUCCAAAACAUCGCGUCCAGUAAUACGACUCCCAGCCAAGACGCAGUGGAAGUUCUCAACAUCGUGAGCUUCUAUCACUUUGAUAAUAUACGAAUCGAGAUUUUCGAAAGAGGUAUGAGUCUCGAGCGAAGCCAUCUUCUUCAACCUCCAAUUGCACCACUUCAAGCAGGGUUUGUGAAUGCUCUUAUCAGUCGCUUGAGACCACCUCGGGCACUUCCCAGAAUCCUCAAACAAAGUGCAGAGGAUAUGCAUCCGUUAUGCAUUAGGGAAGCUCUUCGCGAGUUGUAUGCAUCUUCAUUGAUAACAUACGGAUCUGACGAACGAAGCUUCUCAUUACACCCUUUGGUGCAUGCCUGGGCAAGAGACCGCAUACCCCCAAAAGAGAGGAGUCUUUGGGCGAUGGUUUCCUUUCACACACUCAUGGCAUCCAUCCCACUCCCUCCAAUGGAGUCGAGGGAGCCUGAUUUGAGCUUCCGGAGGAGUUUGAUUCCCCACCUCAACGAAUGCCUAGAUGCCUGUCCUAUGGAGUUCAGAGAGUUCUACGGCCUAAGAAUUGGAAGAUAUCGCCGAUUUAUGUUGUUGUUCCAGCCCACUCUAGUGUUCUCAUUUCGAGAAAUGAUCCAAAAUGCCGCUAAGUGCGGGAUUUUGUAUGCCGAGACAGGCGACUUUUCGAAAUCUGCAUAUUAUCUCUUUCUGGCCAAGGAGGCGCUCGUCAAGCUUGUCGGGCCUCACGACGCGAAAACAACGGCCGCCAUGUUGGGCUUAGCCGGCGUCCUCUGGGGCUUGGGGCGAUUAAGGGAAGCCAUAGCUUUGCAAGAACAGGUUGCCAAGUCUCGGCAGCAAGUCUUAGGACCAAAUCACCGUGAAACACUGCUGGCAAUGGAUUCGCUCGGUCAAUCUUUUUGGCUCAACGGACAGUACUGUGAAGCUCUCCAACUUCAGCAACAAACUGCAGAGAACAUGCGAAUUCAUCUUGGCGAAAGAGAUGAAAACACACUCAAGGCGUUAGAUAACUUGGGCGUCACAUUAGGCUCUUGGCACCGCUACACAGAGAGCAGAGACAUUCAUCAGAAAGUAUUGGCAAUUCGAAAACAAACUCGGGACGAGAGCGACUUGGUGGUCCUCGAAACGAAGAAUAAUCUGGCAAUGGCCCUGCUUGAUUUGAAAGAACUCGGCGACGCAAAAUCCCUGAUGGAAGAGGUCUAUAAUGGCCGCAAGGCGCAGAUGGGCAAGGAACAUCCUUACACACUGUGGGCGCUAUGUUAUUUGGCGAAGAUAUAUACGGAAGAGGGGGAGUUACAAAAGGCUGAACAUAUUUUGGUUGAGGGAAUCGCCGCUGGCAAACGGAGCCUUGGUGAGGAUCAUCUUGGGGUUUUGAUGGGCUGUGGAGAGCUUGCUCGAGCUUAUUCUCGUCAAGGGCGUCUCGAUGAAGCUCUGGCACUGACGCUGGCGACUGUCGAUAAGGUCAAGCUUUCUCGAGGCAUUGAGCACCCUGAUUACGCUACUGGGAUGUGGAGUUUAGGUCAGUUAUGGGAGAAAAAGCAGAACCAGGCCAAGGCAAUCAAUGCCUAUCGAAUCGCUUUGGAAGCUACGGAAAAGAGGUUAACAGCAGAGCAUCCGCUCUACAAGAUUAUCUCAGACCGCAUCGUACUCCUGACAGAAAGACAUCACUGCAAUGACUACAAAGAGGCCGCUGUAGCAAUGAUCCAGUCAUAA